CAACUCCCUUUUCCUGUCCUUUGCACCCUCGACAACUACGACAACACCCCAGCGACAGUGGCCCAUUAGCAGCAAUGACCUUUACAUUCUUAUCUUAAGACAAAUAACAUGAACACCGGUGCUUGCUCUUUGAAUUUGUAGCGUACUAACCAAAGAAUUCUCCUUUACCUGUCCUGAUGCCUAGAACACCCGACCCAGACGAGACACCUAUGUUACCUCUUCCUGGAUCCCCAUCUUCCUCGUGGGCUCGAUUCCGAGAGCGACUUGGAGCCCUAUUUAGCGGCGCUGACCCCAGAGUCUGCGUCGCGUUCUGGCUGUUCGGGUUGAUCAACAAUGUUCUCUACGUCAUCAUCCUUUCGGCGGCCCUAGAUCUUGUCGGUCCCAAUGUGCCCAAAGGCGUCGUCCUCCUCGCAGAUGUCAUUCCCUCGUUCGGAACCAAGCUCGUCGCCCCGUACUUCAUCCAUGUCGUUCCAUAUUCCGUACGAGUCGUAAUCUUUGUUGCCAUCUCCGCGAUUGGCAUGCUCUUGGUCGCACUGAGUCCGGAAUAUACAGACGGUGGCUCAGUCGGAACCAAAUUGGCGGGGAUCGUGCUGGCAAGCUUGUCCAGUGGAGCUGGAGAGCUGAGCUUCCUGGGUCUCACCCAUUUCUACGGCCCUUUCAGUCUGGCCGCCUGGGGAAGUGGCACUGGGGCGGCCGGACUGGUCGGAGCUGGUGCGUACGCGCUGGCAACUACUUCGCUCGGCCUCGGUGUCAAAGCUACCCUGUUGACAUCCGCGUGCUUGCCGGCGGUGAUGCUCGUGAGCUUUUUCACUAUCCUACCACGGUCUCAUAUGCACAUGUCGCGCACGUCGGCAGGAUAUCGUGCAGUUGAGGACCCGGAUGUGGUAGAAAAUGGAAGUGGAUUGGGCGACGACCAUGAGGUUGCUUCCGACGAAAGGGAGACGCUACUCAGUUCGUCUUUCCACGGUGACGACAGUCAAAAAGCGAAACCAUCGGGCCGUGGUAGCAUCGGGUGGCAUAGUGUCAAGGCGAAUCUACAGCGUGCCAAGGGGCUGUUUUUCCCAUUCAUGCUCCCCCUACUGCUGGUCUACGUUGCGGAGUAUACGAUCAACCAAGGCGUGGCUCCAACCCUCUUGUUCCCUCUCCAGGAAUCUCCGUUCGCCCAUUUCCGUGCUUUCUACCCAGCAUAUAAUGCGAUUUAUCAAGUUGGAGUAUUUAUCUCUCGGUCAUCUACCCCGUUCUUUCGCAUCCAUAACCUGUAUUUCCCUUCAUUCUUGCAGGUCAUCAACCUGGCCAUCUUGUCUCUCCACGCCUUGUUCAACAUCAUUCCCAGCGUGUACCUUGUCUUCGCAAUCAUCUUCUGGGAAGGACUCUUGGGCGGACUGGUAUACGUCAACACAUUUGCCGAGAUCGGCGACCGUGUACCCAAGGAGGAUCGCGAGUUCUCGCUGGGAGCAACCACGGUUAGUGACUCUGGUGGCAUAUGCAUUGCCGGCUUUGUGAGCAUGGUGUUUGAAGUGUGGCUUUGUGACUGGCAAGUGGCACGAGGGCGGGAUUAUUGUCGCCGAUUAUAGACUCCUUUUUUGGAGUGAAUCAAAGAAUCAU